UCACAAUGUCCUGCUUGUGACAGGGAUUGGGAGGCUUCUGGGAAAAAAUGGCAGCUUCCUUUUGUUUGUGAGGAUUCGCUAUGCUGGGAGUAAGCAUUUAAAAGCGGUGUUCAGCGGAAACUCCAGUCUACAUCACGUUUUCGGAGCUCGUCCUGCCCUUUACUUAGACUUUUGAAGCAGGAGAAGAUGGAGAAGAGCGGCAGCGUCGAUAGUUUGGGCUCGAAACCCUCUUCCCGACAGCCAAGUGUUGAUUCAUUGUCCAGCACUUCCACCUCUCGCUCCGACCGCUCCGCCCAGGCCAAACCUCCAUCUGUUUUGUCCUCCGACUCUGUGUCGACAUCUGCAGAGUUUUCCCCUGAGCUCCGGGUGAAGCCCAAAGCCACUGCCAAGAAGGCACAUAGGGACUCAGAUAAAGAAGAACCACAGUUGCUUCCGAACGAAACUGUGCAAGAUAUGGCACCUGACAUUACCUACUUCUGUCCUUUCACUGGAGCACUGAGGGGAACAGUGAUGGUCACCAACUACAGGCUUUUCUUUAAGUCCAUGGACAAGGAUCCGGCGUUUAUGCUGGAUUUGCCUCUCGGAGUUGUAAGUCGAGUGGAAAAAAUUGGAAAUACUUCGAGCCGUGCUGACUCAUCAUAUGGAGUAGUUUGCAAGGACAUGCGCAUUCUGCGAUUUUCACACAAGCAGGUGGAUGACACUCUCAAGAAGUCAAUUUUUGAAGUUCUCAUGAAAUUUGCAUUUCCUGUUUCCAACGGACUGCAAAUCUUUGCCUUUGAAUACGGGCAAGUUUUUCCUGAAAACGGAUGGAAGGUGUACGAUCCCAUAUCGGAGUAUAAAAGACAGGGUAUACCCAAUGAAAGCUGGAGGAUAACGAAGGUAAACGACCACUUUGAGCUCUGCGACACAUACCCAUCCACUCUGGUGGUUCCGGUCAACAUACCAGACGAAGAGCUGAAGAGAGUGGCAGCUUUUAGAGCGAAAGGCAGGAUACCUGUGCUGUCAUGGAUCCACCCGGAGAGCCAGGCCACAGUGACGCGCUGCAGCCAGCCGACGGUCGGAGUGAACGGGAAGCGCAGCAAGGAGGAUGAGAAAUACCUGCAGGCGAUCAUGGAUGCCAAUGCUCAGUCCCAUAAGCUUUUCAUUUUCGAUGCCAGACCGAGCGUCAACGCCGCUGCCAACAAGAUGAAAGGCGGUGGAUAUGAAAGUGAGGACGCAUAUCAGAACGCCGAGCUCGUGUUCUUGGACAUCCACAACAUCCACGUCAUGCGGGAGUCGCUGCGCAAACUCAAAGACUUAGUUUACCCCAACAUCGAGGACUCCCAUUGGCUGUCCAACCUGGAAUCCACUCACUGGCUCGAACACAUCAAGCUGAUCCUGGCCGGAGCGCUGAGGAUCGCGGACAAGGUGGAGUCUGGGAAAACGUCCGUGGUGGUCCACUGCAGCGACGGCUGGGACCGGACCGCCCAGCUCACCUCUCUGUCCCUGCUUAUGCUGGAUGGUUACUACAGAACCAUCCGCGGCUUCGAAGUGCUGCUCGAGAAAGAGUGGCUGAGUUUUGGACAUCGCUUCCAGCAGCGUAUCGGUCACGGCGAUAAAAACCACAGCGAUGCAGACCGCUCACCUGUCUUUAUCCAGUUCAUUGACUGUGUGUGGCAGUUGACUCGACAGUUUCCUGCAGCUUUUGAGUUUAACGAAUACUUCCUGGUAACAAUCCUGGAUCAUCUCUACAGCUGCCUGUUUGGGACAUUCCUGUGCAACAGUGAACAGCAAAGGUUGAAGGAAGAGAUUCCCAAGAGGACGGUCUCGGUGUGGUCCUACAUUAACAGCCAGCUGGAGGAGUUCACCAAUCCAAUGUAUGUGAACUACUCAAACCAGGUGCUGUUCCCCGUUAUCAGCUUGCGCCACCUGGAGCUUUGGUCUGGCUACUACAUCCGCUGGAACCCUCGCAUGAAACCGCAGGAACCUAUUCACCAGCGCCACAAAGAGCUGCUGGCGAAGCGAGCCGAGCUUCAGAAGAGAGUGAACGAGCUCCAGAGGGAGGUGACGAACCGCUCUGCUUCAUCGUCUUCGGAGAGGGGAGAACAUUGGAAAACUAGGAAUCAGUGUCAUAACUGGAUCCAAGAAGAGCCUCUGUGUUGAUCCGCCUCUUUAGGGGACGAAUGCACCACCACCACAACAGGCAGAGAUGUGUGACUAUUCGGGUAGAGUGUGUUUACGUUGGAGAUCACUGGACUGCAGCCAUAUAUAAAAUACUAGUCCUGUGAGGUAGGAGGGCAUGUAAAAAGAAUAAAAUAAAGAAGAACUUUAAUGCCUGUUAACCCACCCACAAUCAGUGUUUGUUUUAAUUACACUAGUUAUCAUUUUGGUUAUUUUUUUUAUGCCUUAUGCUUCAUAGGAACACUCACUCCACCACUUCAUGUUCAUUUCAAAGCACAACAGCACAAUUUGUAAACAAAUAGUGCUGCAAAAAAACCAGAAGAAAACCCAAGUGUUCUUUGAGUUUGUACAUAUGUGUUUCAACCAAUAACUAAAGAGAAAUGAUGCUAACAUUUUUAACACUUGCUUUGUCUUCAUAAAUCAAUCCUGUUGGACUGUUGCGACCAAAUAUCUGUUUUAAUUUGAGAAGGGAUACUACGUAUGACAUUCCUUUUACUGAGCAAUUCAACUUUUGUAAGUUUAAUUUCUCUAAGAAGCUAACAUUAUUUAUUAUCCUGUACUAUGGACUUGUUAUGAACUCUAAGCUUCCUCUUUCUCUUAGUCUCAUAAUCUAAUUUUUUUUGGGUGAUAUCAGUAAGUUGCAAUGGAUAUGCAAUAAUUUGGGUUUGUUUUGGUUAUUAAAUGUAGUGUAAUAAUUAGAAUCUGUGCCUUUCGUACAAAUCAAGAGUAAAAACUCAAAUGUGCACAAUGAUGAUAAAAACACUUGCAUGAAACACUAAUCAGCCUCAUGAUGUUUUCCUCAUAUGUAAGCUGUUGAAAUGUUUGGUAACUAACCUAAUAGCACUAGCAGUAAUGAUUUCUAGUUUAUAAAAAGUGCCUUUCAUGGUAAAAAAAAGAAAAAAAAAAGAAGAAAGGUUGACUCUAUUGGUGGGAACUCUGAUGUUAUGUUUCUACAUUGUAGCUUUUAAAUAUCUAAUCCCCACUAACAAACUAAUUGUUCUUUAAUUAUUAUUCCACUACAUCUUUCUCUGUGUACAUCUCUGUCACUGAUAUUGUUCCUUUAAAAUGUAGAACUAUUAGUCAUAAACUUCCACACCAUUCCUUAUGCUGUGCUCCCUACCUUUAUUCGUCUGUUUCCUGCAUUGUCAAGUGUACUGUCAGAUGUCAAACCGUAUUAAACUAUUUAAUAAAAAGGGACA